AUGCCUGUCAUGUCUACUCUAGCUGGCUCGCCGGGCACAGGCUCUUCUGGGCUCGUGUCAACUAAUAAAUCAUAUCUUCUUGCAUUAGUAAUGUCAGGCGCCGGCGGUAACGACGAGGAUAUCAUUAACGCGUCCUUCCUGCGGGCCGAGCUGGAGGCCCACUUGACGACAAGCCCGAGCAAACCCGACGUCAUCCUGUUGCAGCGUUGCAAAGCUGCUUUCGACAUACUGUUCUCUGUGGCGCGCACCGCUACCGGCGACACUCUCAAGCUCGGGUGGGCUCUCUUGCAGACUGAGACGCAACUUGCCAUCAGUGCCAACGACGACCGUUAUAUUGCACCGCUCAUAAACUGGAUGACUAUGGUGCUCAAGGAAGUGAAGGUUCCCGGUCCGACAAGAUGGAACUAUGCCAAGAUCAGGGACUUUCUUGCUUUAGGCUGGCCAGACGAACAGUCCACAAGGCGAGCUCUGCCAGCGUCGGAACUAGGCCCUUGUCAGUGGUGGUACGGGUUUGAGGCUCAGAAUGGCGGUGUCCUCACUCGCGUUGUCCUGCGGCAGAGAAUUACAGACCACUUCCGCCGCACGGCAUCAGGCAGAACGCGAGCGAACGCAUCUCAGCGUGCGGACUCGCCAGUCAGGAACUCCGGACCGCAGGCCGCAGGAGAGGACCACGCUCGGGAAUCAGAUGGAAGGCCAACACGGCUGGCGGCAGAUGCGUCUCGGGCCGCCCUCCAGAACACCACGGUCGUUGAUGAUCGGCGCGAUGAGGAUUACAUUCCUGGCGCCGGUGCGGUUGUAGCAGCGACGACGACUCGUGACUUCAAUCCUGCUCAGUCGACCUCGCGAGCAAACAGCGAGGCGCCGUCAAUUACCUUUGCUGCCACUGGAAGGACCAGACGCGGGGACGGGUCUCCUUGGUUGCGCCCGGCACGGUUUGUGGGCGAUGUGACCUUCAAGGUCACCGAUUAUGAUGCCCACGAGCGGUACUUGCGCGCUCUUCCACACGGCACGAUACGAGAUAUUGAUUUGUGGGAGUUACCGGAGAUGCAUGGUAUUAGUCGACGACGCCCAAGAGAGGCCUUCUUGUAUGAGAAAUCUUGCGACAAAUGCGCGAUCUUGGGCUGCGCGUGUAUCUACCGUGGAAACGCCUCCUGCCUCAAUUGUUACUGGACGAAGCACAAGUGCAGCGGUGGCAAGACGCCGAACCCCAAACACCCUCUGGUGAAGGGUUUCAAGCCGGACUUGAGCCUGCGCCUCCAACUGCUCAACUCCCUGGAGGCAGACGGCGUGAUGGAAUUUCCCGCCUUUCUCGAACGAAACGGCCGCCUGGCUGCAUCAGGGGGUGGAAUAGGUCGUCAACAGGCAUAUUCACCUCCCGCACCACCAUAUGAUGCGCCAUACACCGCUCCUCCCCCGGUCACCCCUCCGACAGCUGCAGCAGAUGGGCUUCCUCCAGUACCGCCGAUCCCGAGUAUGGAUGACUCGAUGGCUCCUGUGCCGCAGUCACCCGCUCAAAGUGCCUCCGCAGAUGUGGCGCCUCAGGCGUCCGUCCAGAGCACGUCCACGCCUGCGGCGCUGGGCGCGACGUCCGACAUGGUGACUGGGCCCAAUGUCCCGGCUGCCGCUGCCACUGGUUCACCCAUUCAGGAGAAUACGACGCCGUCCACGACUGCGGUUGGUUCGCCCGUUCCGGUCGAGGACACCACGAUCCCUGCGCCUCCAGCUGGCUCGCCGAUUACGGUUGACGCCGCAGUCCCGGCGACUGCUGCUGGUUCGCCCGGCCCAGUUGACUCCUUCGCCAUGGAGACCGACGCUGGUCCGACUGUCUCGGUUCCGGUUCCGAACACCGUCGUCUCUGCGCCUCAGGGUAACGGCAGCGUGCCUAUCGUUGAGGGGACUGGGACGACAGCCGCAACACCGACCACAGCCGCUCCUCAAAUUGCUCAAACUUCGAUGGGCGCGACAGCUUCAGCCGUCCCACCCGAUACCCAACAUCGCGACAACACGGCAGACAGCAUGCCUUCUCGGUCACCGAAGUCUGGCGCGGCUGCGACUCUGGCCGUGGCAGUGAAGAACAAGCGCACCUCCGAAGAUAAUGAGGAUGUCGCGCCCAAGGAUGCGAGCAAAAAGGCCCAGCCUGCCAAGAAGAAACGGCGUCAGCAGGCGCCCGCAUUGUCACGCUCCGCUUCGGCAACCACCCAGGAUGACCGGCCGUCGCCAGCUUUGCCUGGACAAAGGAUGCAACCUGUGGAAGUGGCGAGCGCUCAAGAGGCACCGGGCAGCAACCUACUAGACGCUGUUCCGUCUCGAGAUCAAACUUCGACACCGACCGAGCCAGGCGACGUCAACUCGCCUGCUUCCACGAUAGCCACGCUUCCGAAGGAUAAGGGCAAGGGUCGCGCUCAACCACCUCCGCUUGCUGCACGUCGGCCGGAACCCCCACUACGGUUCAACACUCCGCCACCUGGCAGCCGUCCCAUUCCUCGAGCUGGUACCGAUCGUACUUAUCCUGUGGGAAUUAGGCCUGUAUUGCCUGACCCGGACAUGCGCGUAGACGGUCGUCCGACAACAGUCUCCCAUCCUCACCCUCACCCAUGGCUUCCGCCUGGAGCUGGUGUAUUCAAUCCGGGAGGCGACCUUUUUCUUGUCAGCCACUUAGAACGAUCCUAUCUCGACCAUUCUCGGGAGAAUCGGGAGCUGAUGCGCGAUUGGAUGACCGGCCGGUACUUGACAGAGCACCUGGUGCCCCAGGUCGCCUCGAAGAUUGCCGACGCCCAUGCACCUGACAGGCAGACUCUCCGUGCUCUGGUCGCUGGGCAAGAACGUCUCCUGAGCAGCCAAGAGUGGGCGAACGAGCGACUCCGUGCGUUGGAAGAUAGGCAGGUGCCCGUGGCUGGUACCACAACUUCAUCCUCCACCGUUGCCAUGUCUGGGGCUUCCACCGGACAAUCCGAGCAACCUGUCAGCGUGGGAGCGAUGCAGGUCAUGUUCCAGGAGCUGAAGGUGCAGAUGGGGGGCAUGAAGGAGACCAUGCUCCGCGACCUCCAAGCGGAAACGCGACCGCUCACGGUCCGGAUAGACGGGAUGGCACAAGACUUCCAUGGACUUUCUGGGAGAUUGGAUGGGUUCGGUGGUAGACUGGAAGCUUUGGAGGGGCGUCUCAACAGCAUGCGCGUCGGUUCCCCGCACGGUUCCCCGAAUGGGCUGGAUCGCCCGGCCGGAAACGAUGUCCCCUCACGAGCAUCUUCGGAAUCUCGGCACGCAUCUUCGGAAUCUCGGCACGCAUCGGCAGUUGCCGAGGCUCAUCCAAUGGGGAUAGAUGCGCCUGCCCGUUCAAGUCCACCAGUAUUCGGCGACCGCGCCAAUCGUUCCUCGCCUGCUCUCUCUGGCCACUCGACUACUCAGCAGGAACGCCUGGGUAUGCCGCAGCCGCAGACGGCCGUGGUGCCUGUUCCCAAUCUGGCGAACGCGGUAGUGGGCGCUGCGACUGCUUCCUCGUCUUCUCACCGCUCGUCAUCGGCGACACCUACUCCCGCCGUUCAUGGGACCCCUGCCCUCUAUGGGCCGCAGACAGGACCACUUCCCCCGUCUUCCAGGGCGGCUAGCUUAAGUCGGGAGGGCUCGACACCGCGUGCCUUUCCAUCUCCGCCCGUCUUGUCCGCACCUGGCAGACGUUCACGCCUUCCCUCUCCAAUGUCCCCUUUGACUUCUGGAGCGUCUCAGGGUCGGGGUGCGGCAGGCGCUAGCGACAGCGAUGAGGAGAUCGAGGAUGCGGCGGCCUUCCUGGCACGGAAGCGCGACUCUCACGCGGCUGCGCUCGCUCCCCCGCCUGCCGCCAAGCGGUCUCGCGGCCGGUCUAUCUCCAGCUCAGACGCCGACGGGGAAGGAGAGACAGACGAUGCAGACAACGCGACCCUUGUCGGAGCGGAGCCGAUGCAGGUCGAUGGGGCUCCUACGCCUGGCAAUUCGCGUCGCCGCCGCGCUCAUGGUCCUCCCACCCGCCGCCAGCCCGCUCGCAGUACUGCACGCGAUGCCCUUCGCGGUUGA